UUCAAGCAUCAAAAUGACUCUUCUUGUUUUCCAACUACUUAUGGCCGCCGCCACAGCUCAAAACCAACCCUCAAAAGUAAUAGAAGCCAACAAUCGCUUCACUUCUGAGCUAUACAAGCAACUAAUCAAAACCGAAACCGGCAACCUCAUCCUCAGCCCCCUUUCCGCCGACACAGUCUUAGCUCUUCUCCACUCCGGCUGCGAAGGAUCAACAGCGCAAGAACUCGCCCAAACCUUACACCUUCCAAACGACAAAAAGCAAAUUCAAACCGAAGAAAAAAACCUUCUUGGACAACUCCAAAAGAACGACAAAGUCGCCUGCAACAUAGCCAACGCACUAUUCGCACAGAAGGACUUCAAAAUCAAAGACACCUUCUUGACAGUAGCAAAAGAUUACUUUGACGCUCUUUCUGAAACCCUGGAUUUCGGUAAACCACAACAAGCAGCCGACAUUAUUAACAAAUGGGUGGAGAACAAAACCCACAACGUCAUCAAGAACCUGGUAACUCCGGACGCUCUAACAGCGGAUACAAUUCUCGUGCUGGUCAACGCGUUGCGUUUCAAAGGGAACUGGUCGGUGCAGUUCUCGGUGAGUAACACCCAGAAGGGGGAUUUCUACAGAACGGCAAACGAUGUGCUCAAAGUGGACUUUUUGCACCAUUCGCGCAAACACUUCAAGUACCAUGAAAGCAAAAGCUUGAAAGCUGAGUUCCUGGAAUUGUCUUUUGCAAAUGACGAUUUUUCUAUGGUGUUUGUGCUUCCUCAAGCUAAAGACGGGCUUUCGGAGUUGGAAAAGCACGCAUGUGAGGUUUUUGACGUUUCAAGGCAGCUGGAAUCGACAUACGUUAAUGUCGCCAUCCCCAAAUUCAAGUUUGACAAUACCAUGGACCUGAAGACAACGUUGCAAAGUUUAGGUGCAAGCAAAAUUUUUGACCCUGCGCAAGCUGAUUUGAGCGGGAUUUCUGGAAAGAAAGGUGACUUGGUGGUAAGCAAGGUGGUCCAGAAGGCUUUUAUCGAUUUGAAUGAAGGAGGGGUGGAAGCAGCGGCUGCCACGUAUGUCGGUGUCGUUUUAACUUCUGUCAUCUCACAACCACCGAAAGACGUCGUCUUUAAUCGUCCAUUUAUUUACUAUAUAUUAUACAAAAAAUGUAUUCUUUUUGCUGGGCGAGUAAAAAACCCUAAAUAUUGAUUGAGUGUGCACAAUAUACAAUCACAAAGUUGGUAGUACGACCCGACCUGCAACAAUAUCACUCCUUUCACCUUGA